GUGAGAGAAAGUUCAGGCAUGAAGCCACAACCUACAACAAAGAAGCUGGGCGCUAUAAAAGAGAAACGCUCAGACGGAGACGCUCAGUCAUCCAGGAGGUCGGACGAGACUCAGAGAAAUCCCUACUCAUUCAUAUUUAAUCUUUAAAACGUAGUACAUCGAGACAAUGUGUGACUUCGACCUGUCUCAAGCUUUGGACAGCUCCCCGGAGUGUGAGGAGACCGGAUCUGAGUCCGGCUGCUUUGACAUGACGGACGUUCAGGAUGAGUUCUUCCAACUGGACGAGGGUCUGUGCAUGUUGGUUAGCCGAAACCGGAAGACGCUGCUGUCUGUCGCCAACCUGCUGCUGGCGGCCAACAGGAUGACGAGACGCGUGAGUCGCAGCGAGCUCAGCGACGAGGAGCUCUGCAGCGCCAUCUUGGAGAGCCUGGUGACCGAAACAGUCGUCCCGGCGACGGAGGCUUCGUCCACGGGCGUGAGGAAAAUCUUCCAGCGCAUGAACAGCGGCAACCUGUGCACUCUGUGCGACUGCUCACAGAAAGACAUCGUCCGGGCCUCGGGGGACUUAAAGCUGCAGGCCGUGACUCUGCAGGGGGGACACGGCGACAAGAGAGUGAACUUUAAGUUGUCGCGGUACAUAUCGAUGUGCGCCUCGGCCGAUGAAGGAGCGGCCGUCCUCCUGUCCAUCACCAACAAGCUGCACAUGUCCUGCUGCAUGGAGGACGGGAAGGCUGUGCUCAAGCUGGAGGAAUGCCGCGAGGAGGAUUUAAAGAAGAUCAGCGACGACGGAGACAUGGACCGGUUCCUCUUCUACAAGAGGACCAGGGGGACGUCUCAGACCACGUUCGAGUCGGUGCGGUGCAGAGGCUGGUUCAUCAGCACCUCCCACGACGCCGAGCACCAGCCCGUGGAGAUGUGUGAGGCGGACGCCGCCCGCCGCGUCACCUGCUUCAAGAUGAACUGAAAAGUACUGCUGAUACACACUUUCAAAGGAUCCAGAAGUACACAGAAGUUGUGUAUUUUACAUGUAUUCUGCUUCGCCACUAGAUGGCGCCAUCUGCAGAGAUAACAACACUGAUUCCACUAAAGACAGUUUAACUUUAUAAUUUCAGAUUGUUUAACUUUAUUGUAUUUUCAUCACGGACAAAAGGAAUUGUACUAGUACACAUCAUUUACUUUACUACUCUACUUAUGUAUUAUUAUACGUUAUAAGGACUUUAAGGGAAAGUUGUAACAGGAUAUUCCUUAAAACUACUGUUAUUUGUUGUAAGUGUUCAUUAACUUCAGUAUUUUUGCUAAUUUCUAUUUCUAUGUCUUACCACACCGGUUUGUGG